AGUGGUCAUUCCUUGUUGUGCUGCAGUGAAACGCAGACGGGAAUCGGACUGUAGGAGAUAUUUAAUAAUAAUGAAUACUUAUAUUUUUGUUGGUGUGUUAGCGUCAGCUGUUUUCAUCGUUCAUGGACAGUCUUCUCUUGGAACUUGCACCAGACCAAAUGGAGAAGAAGGUAUGUGCGUCCGGUACCACGACUGCCCGAGCAUGGUGGCGAUGCUCGGCAGCCCUACGCGGAAUAUCGGGGAACUGAAGAAGUAUGGUUGCGGAUUUGAUAAGAAAACGCCUAAGGUUUGCUGCGAUCACAACUGCUAUACACCAGAGGGCAACCCGGGAAAGUGCGAAGAAAUAAACAAUUGCAAACAUUUGUCUGAUAUGGUUAGAUCUACAAAUAGAAACGAUAUUGCUUACGCAAGAAACUCCAGGUGCCUGACUGGCAAACGCACCGUGUGCUGUGGCCCUCCCCCCGCCGAGGAGCUGUCCAGGGCCAGCGCAGACUGUCCAGACAUGACGACGGCGUUCCCGCCGCACAUCGACAGCUCAUGCUGCGGUGUAGAUGCUAACUCUGCCUCGAGGAUUUUUGGUGGUAACGAUACUGCCAUAGACGAGUACCCUUGGAUGGCGCUCCUAGAGUACAAAAGGAAGGACAAUGGCCUGAUCAAGACGUACUGCGGCGGAGCUCUCAUCAGCAACCGAUACGUGGUCACCGCCGCCCAUUGUAUCAAAGGGAAGGGUGCUUGGCCACCUAUAAACGUCCGUCUAGGGGAGUACGACACCAGCUCUGAACGUGACUGCGUGGAUUCCGACUGCGCGGAUCCGGUCGUCACCAUCGGCAUCGAAGACAUCAUCACACACCCAGAGUACAAUGCUGAUAACAGCCGGCACGAUAUCGCUCUAAUUAGGCUAGCUAGUCCUGCACCUUAUACAGACUUCAUUCGUCCAAUAUGUCUGCCUGCCUCCGACAUCUCGAGUCAAGACCCAGCUAAUCUGGAAGCGUACGUAGCUGGAUGGGGAAAGGUGAACAUGACCACCAAGAGCACGAUCAAGCAAGACCUCAAAGUACCAAUUAUUAAGACAGAGGAUUGUCAAAAGAGCUUCACCUCGCGCCUAGCCAAGCCACCGACACUCUGGAGCUAUCAGCUCUGCGCCGGCGGCGAGGCGGGGAAAGACACCUGCAACGGCGACUCCGGCGGCCCCCUGAUGCUGAGCACCGGGACCCGGCACGAGCUAGUGGGCGUGGUCAGCUUCGGGCUCGUGAACUGCGGCACGGAGGGCCUGCCCGGGGUCUACACCAGCGUCUACCCGUACUCCGCGUGGAUACGGAGGCACUUGCGGCCCUAUAACAGUCCGUUUCAAGAUCAGGACCCGAAACCUAUCCAGUUGCAGCGAGGGUGUAAUGUUACUGUGAUAAUAACAUCAAAAAUGAAGCUUUUAAUAUUUGCAUCUGCGUUACUUGCAGUUACGUGCUAUGUUAAUGGACAAUCCUGCACAACUGCGACCGGUGACAGCGGAAGCUGCGUGACUAUCCUCAAAUGCCCGUCGCUGCUGCAGGUCAUCAACAAACCGAACAGGACGCCGGCUGACUUGGACAUGCUCAGGAAGUCAGCGUGUGGAUUCGACGGAAACACUCCUAAGGUUUGCUGCCCCUGCCACACACCGUACGGCGAACCAGGGAAAUGCGUCGGCAUAUACUCGUGUCCACACAUCGCUAAUCUACUGGCGCCGCCAGUGACCGCUCAGAGCAUGUUGUUGGUUCAAGCCUCGAGAUGUGAUGGUUCCGACGCGUAUAGCGUUUGCUGUGGACCUCCUCCAGAGAGCAUCUCAAAAGGCGCUUGUCAGUCGAGGCUGAGCGCCUUCCCUCCCGACCCGAGGACUGAGUGCUGCGGCCUCGACGGCGGAGCAGAUAACAAGAUCACAGGGGGCACUGCGACUACAGUGGAUCAGUACCCAUGGCUGACGCUCAUCGAAUACCUGGGCAAGGACAAUAGGAUCAAGCUGCUCUGUGGCGGAGCGCUCAUCAGCAGCAGAUACGUCCUCACAGCCGCCCACUGUCUUGCCGGGGCUGUUCUGAACCAUGGCACACCGAAAAACGUUCGCCUCGGAGAAUAUGACUCGAGCCACGACGGGCCCGACUGUGUACCUGUGGAGGGAGGCGGUGAGGACUGCAGUGAGGGUGUCGUCAUCCUCCCCAUCGAGAAGACCAUCCCCCACGUCGAAUACAACCCUGUUACAAGGCGUCACGACAUCGGUCUUAUUAGGACGCAGCAGGCUGCUCCUUACACAGACUUCAUCAGACCCAUCUGCCUGCCAGUCGUCGACAUCACGGUGAAGCCGCCGCCCAACUUCAAGCUGUGGGCGGCCGGCUGGGGAGCCAUCAACACCACCCACUCCAAGAGCACGAUUAAACUUCACGUCGAUUUACCAUUUGUGAGCCAAAGGGAAUGCCAACCGGCUUACAGCGUUGCAAGACGUCAAGUCGCUUUAUGGGGCGGACAGAUGUGCGCGGGAGGUGAAGCUGGAAAGGACUCCUGCAAGGGAGACUCCGGGGGCCCUCUCAUGUUCGAAAAUGGAAAGAUAUACGAAGUGCUUGGAGUAGUCAGCUUCGGACCGACCCCGUGUGGCAUGGAAGACAUCCCUGGCGUGUACAGCAAAGUUCACUCGUAUCUCGACUGGAUAAAGGGCAAUAUUCAGCCUUGA